AUGAGCCCUGCACUAGUGCUGACCCUCCUGGCAGUCAUCACUUUGCUGCCCUGUGUACAGGCUCUUAACUGCCAGAGUGGGAAAAUAGAGACGGUGAAGGAUGCAUCCAAGCUGCCCCUCAAGUGGACAGCCGGCACAGAAGCCUGUGAGACCGGCGAGGGUUGCCAGGAUCAGAUGAUGCUCAUACAGAAUGGACCUCAAAUAAACUUCUUGGUUGUCAAGGGCUGCGUUAAGGCUAUGGACCAAAAGCCCCAGGUCACCUGGCAUCGGACAGGUCCUGGGCUUUCCAUCGUCUCCUACACCCAUGUGUGUCACCAUAGUGACUUCUGCAAUGACCUGUCUAGCUCUGAAGUUCUUGGGGACCUGCCCACACCCACAGUCCCAGGGACCCUGCGCUGCCCACACUGCCUCUCUACACAUGGCUGUGACAAUGCACCUGAGCAGCUCUGCCCUGCAGGCACCUCACACUGCUACGACGGAGUCCUCAGGCUCAGGGGAGGGAAGAUCACCACCAACCUAAGGGUGCAGGGCUGCAUGCCCAAACCAGGAUGCAACCUGCUUAACGGCACCCAGAAAAUUGGUACAAUGGAUGUGAGUGAGAACUGUGAUCUUCAGUUAGGUUCUCAGGCACUGGACUGCAGGAGUGGGUCCUUAGACACCAUAAAGAAUGUAUCAGAUCUGCACCUGGUUUGGACCACUGGCUGGAAUACCUGUGAGAUUGGCGAGGGAUGCUACGAAACAGUGAUUCUGAUUCAGAAUGGACAAGAACUCAACUUGGUGGUCACAAAAGGAUGUACCACGGCUAUAAACAAAGAGCCUCAAAUCACCAGGCACAGGACAGGCCCCGGAAUCUCCAUCAUCUCCUAUACCCACGUGUGCCGCCAUGAAGACUUCUGUAAUGACCUGUCUAGCACUGAGACUAUAUGGAUCCCACCCCCUGUCACAGUCCCAGGCACGCUGCGAUGUCCACACUGCCUCUCUACACAUGGCUGUGACAACGCACCGGAGCAGGUCUGCCCUGCAGGCACCUCAUACUGUUACAAGGGAGUCCUCAGGCUCAGGGGAGGAGGGAUCUUCACUGAUCUGAGGGUACAGGGCUGCAUGCCCCAGCCAGGCUGCAACUUGCUCAAUGGCACUCAGACGAUCGGACCCAUAGAUGUGAAUGAGAACUGCAGUCCUCAGUUAGAGGCCCUGAAAUGCCAACAUGGGACAUUAGUGACCAUAAGGGAGAUAUCCGAGCUCCCUCUCCAGUGGACAGCUGGCCAGGUGACCUGUGAGGUUGGCGAAGGUUGCCAAGACACACUGAUGAUGGUUGAAACUGGACAGCAAGUGAGCUUGGUGCUCACAAAGGGCUGCACUAGCAUCCAGGACCACAAGGCCAGAGUCACCGAGCACAGGACAGGCCCCGGGCUGUCCGUCAUCUCCUACACCCGCGUGUGCCGCCAGGAGGACCUCUGCAAUUAUCUGUCCACUACAGCCCCUCUCUGGGCCCCACCCCCUGCAUCAGCCCCAGGGACCCUGCGCUGCCCACGCUGCCUUUCUACCAAAGGCUGUGACGAAGCAUCUGAGCAAGUCUGCCCAGCAGGCAGCACAGCCUGUUACAGUGGAGUCCUCAGGGUCAUGGGAGGGGAGAUCAUCACCAGUCUGAGGGUGGGGGGUUGCAUGCCCCAGCCAGGUUGCAACCUGCUCAAUGGCACCCGGAAAAUUGGACCCAUGGAUGUGAGUGAGAACUGCAAUCCUCAGUUAGAUACCUUGACCUGUCACAGGGGGGUCAUGUUGAAGUUUAGCAGCAGCUUGGCUGAAGAAGCAGUCGCGUGGACCUCACCUGGGACCCAAGAGUGUGAGGCUGGGGAAGUGUGUCAGGAGACACUGCUGCUCGUAGACGUAGGUCAAAAAGCCAUCCUAGUAGGGAGCAAAGGCUGCAGCAAGGCUGGGGCACAGAAUGCCAUGGGUGUCUCCAUAUACUCCAGACCCCCUGGAGUGGUCAUCGCCUCCUAUGCCCAGUUCUGCUCCUCGGACCUGUGCAACAGAGCCAGCAGCAGCAGUGUCCUGCUGGGCUCCCUCCCUCGUCCAGCGGCCCCUCGCCCUGGAGACCUGAGGUGUCCAGUCUGUGUGCAGUUCUCUGGAUCCUGCUCUAGGAACACCAAUUUUGUCACCUGCCCACAGGGCACCACUCACUGUUAUAAUGGUAACAUUGAGCUCCGUGGAGGUGGACUCUCUUCCACCAUGAGCAUUCAGGGAUGCAUGACCUCAUCUUCGAAAUCCUUACUGGGUAAUUCCAAGAUGAUCGGGAUCUUCUCCGCAAAGGAAAUCCACGAGGGAAAAAAAGAUACAGAUACACAGCUUCCAAACGGAGUCACCUCUGUCUCCAACCUGGCAUGGGUGUUAGCGUUAGGGCUAUCUUUAGCCCUUUUCUGUGGAGGGCUUUGCCCUCCCUGCUAACAUCAUUUCCUUGUGAUUCUUAACCCCCAUUAACCACCCAAACCCAACCUUCCUUUGACUUCCUAACCGUGGGCACUUAGACUUGAAUCUCUUUCCCCAGGCUCCCUGUGUAUGACCAUUCCCUCAUCCUCAUAUCUGU